UUUCUUUUGUCAGGAGAGUGGCAAGAAGAAGCAAAGAGGCGAUGGGUCCAGUGGGGAAGAGGCUCUGGGAGGUUCUGGUUUGUCCUCUCUCGAAGCAUCCCUUGAGGUACUGCCAGGAAACCAAUUCCCUAAUCAGUGACGCCAUUGCCGUUUCCUUUCCUAUCAAAAACGGGAUCCCUUGCUUGGUUCCACAAGAUGGGAAGAUACUCGAGGAACAAGAUGCCACUGAUGCUAAUUCGUCUGCAAUGAAUGAAGAACAUCAAGGAAGAAGAUGAACUGUAAGAGAUUUCAGCGUCUCUUCCUUUAAUUGUGACUCUUCUGGUGCUCAUUCAGUUAUUAGUAUUGCAAAUAACUCUCAUCAAUUUCUGUUUAACUCUCACUGUCUUGAGUAAAUUAUAAUAAUGUCCUUUGAAAUUAAGAGGUGUUGCAUGUAAGAGUGCUGAUAAUUAAGAGCUUUUAGAUAUGAAAAAGCGUGGUACACUAAUUUUCUUUUUUUAAAAUACCUUAUAAUUAAGUUAUAAACUACUUACUACCUCACCUAAUCUUAUUUUUAUUGAUUUUGUACACAUUUAGUAGUUAAUUUUGCACGUUAAUCCCUGUCAAUAUACUAGUGAAAUAUAGCAUUACAGACCUUUGAACUAUGAUUAGGGGUGAACAAAUCAGGAUUCCAUUCGUAAUAUCCGUAGUAUUUAUCCGUAUCAGAUCUAAAUUUUGCAGAUAUUGGAUUAUGAUCAGUAGUAUGAGUGCUGACAUAAUCAAGGUAAAUGGCUUGCAUUGGGAGUCAUGGAAACUUGAAUACUUUGACAUUUUAUCAAAUUAGAUUGAGGUGUGGUGGCCAUCCUUAAUCUAUUGACUAAUAAAAGAUUAAUAUAAAAGAUAGCUUUACUUGAACUUGAAUGCAUUGUGCAAUGGUAUGCAUCCAUGAGAUCUGGUACAAGAUUUGUCUCUUGUAACCUAACAACAACCUUCUUAACAUUUUUGAACUUCAAUUCAACCCUCAACAUAUUCCUGUCUAGGCUUGUGAAAAUAAUUGUCAGCAGUUUCUAUCGGUUAUGGUUUUGGUUUCGCUUUCACUUUUAACCGUGAUUCGUUGCUUAAGCAAGCUACAAAUCCAAAUUCCCUGUUUUGUCUAGGCUGAUGUGAGAAACUGGUAUAAUUGUGAGAUUUUUCUUAUGUAUACGGCAUAUGGUGCUUUAAUUCUAUAGGUGAGAGGUAGGUGUCUGAAUAACAAGUUGGUCAAGAGAAAACCCUUCAAUGGUGAAUAGCUACCUGCCAUCUUCCUUUUCUUUCUUUCUUUACAGCGUGUUUUACACAGGGAAUACAAUCAACAUAACUGUUCAUAAGGCAAAUAAAUUCAAGUAGCUUUUCAUGGCAUAAUAACAAUAACAAUAAUAAUAAUUUAAUAUACUGAUAAUGUAAAGAAUUUUAUACAAUCAUUCAAUGAGAUUCAGAUAUUCAGACGACAUUUCAAGUAGUAGGUUUGAAAAUUAGUUAAUUUGUUGAUACAGGGAUACACGAUUAGUUGUUUGUAUAAAUUUUUUUUAUACUAAUGGUACAUGAAAAUUAAAUUCUAAUAAUAAUCAUAUUUGAUAAAUGCGAUUGACUAAACUUACUGUGCAGACUCAAUACAGUUAUGAAAUUUUCCUGUCAGUAUAAUUUAAACUAUCCAGAGCAUUUUUUUCCUAUUGUUACUAUUUUGAUAACUUUGAUAGUUUUCAACACAAAUAGGAUUUGAUAAGACGAUGUUGCCUUGUCGCCAACUACACUUAUGAAAAUAGACAACGAUGACCAUUUAUGGUAAAACAAGAUAAAAAGACAUCUUCAAUGAAGAUUUCUUUUUUAAAUGUUUAAAAUGUUAUCGUCUGACUAGUGACUACUAUUCAUGAGUUAGGAGUUCCGUAGUGUAGUUUUAUUCCCUCAAAAGCAAUGAGGUAAAGAAGGAAUUGACGAAUACAACAAAUAUGGUAACAAUUUUAAUCAACCACAUAACAAGGUAGGUUGCUGGUUGCGGUAGUUUAUAGUAUUAUUCUCUCCAAAAGCAAUGAGGAAUGAAAAAAGAACUGAUGUUAAUUUGUAUGCAUGGUAUCGUGAAAUCAGUAAAAAAUUACUAACUUAAAGUCACACGAACAUAAAUAUAUAAUUGGAUGAAAUUGGAAAACAGUGCAAAACCUAAUAUAAACUCAAAUAAAAUGCUAAAAAUUAUAAUCAACCACAUAACACUAGUAUUACAAAAUAGUUAGAGAUCCUGUAGUUUAUGGUAUUAUUCACCCUAAAAGCAAUCCAAUGAGGUAUCUAUCUGAAUAUCUAGGUCGAGUGUAACACUCUUGUGUUGGUGUAACACACCCUCUUAGCUAACCACCCUUUCAAAACAAGCAAAACAACUAAACUACAGACUAUAUAGGAAAAAAUAUUAUUUAUGAUAACGUGACCCGUUAUUUGCAACUCUAGUUCUUACUUCUUAUUAAGGAUCUAACAAAAAUGCACACCCAACAAUGAUAAACCAGAGAUGAAUAAUCUCAACAACUUGAUUUCAAUUGUGUUCAAUUUAAUUGGUCUAACAAAGGGACCAAGCAAUGUCUCUUUAUGUUAUUUGCUAUCAUCUGACUCUGCAGCAGCAUCUUCAUCAAAUGAACUCAUCAUGGAGAAUAAUGGUGAGGCUGUUUGGUGCUGUGUAUGCUUGUCGAGGUUAAAGGACGAAGACGAAAUUCGAGUCCUUCCUUGCCUGCACAAGUUCCACAAGGUUUGUGUGAAUAGAUGGCUCAAAGGUCGCCACAAAACCUGCCCCCUCUGCCGGUUUUCGAUGGGAGGUGGCGGCGAGGAGAAGUCGCACCACCGGCCCGAAAUGUUCACUGAAGAGAUGUUGAUAUGGUUUUCUUCUUUCCAUAUAGCUGGUAUGUAGUUUCUGUGCUAAAAUAGUAAAAAUUUUCACCAUAGGGAAUCUGUGCAAGUGUCUAUAUAAAAAGCAUAGCCCUUGCUUUGCUUUUACCAUUUUUAUGCUUUUUUUUUUGGUUGCUGCAAGGCUUAUGAUCCUGAUUCUAAGAAAGGUGAAAAAUGACCAAUGCUAUUAAUUCGGCUGCAAAUUAGAUGAGCAAGUUCACAAAGGCUCUAAACUGGCCUAAGGCAAAAAUAAUAAUACACCUUAUUGUUCCUUUCACGUA